AUGGCGGCGACAGAAAAAAGCUGCGCAGACGAAAUUGAUCGAGAACUAAGUCUCAUCUCCCUUUAUGAGAGUGAACUAAAACGUCUAAAGCGUAAGCUGAAUGCUCAAAAGGUAGCGCAGCCCUUGCAUUCGGCAGCAGCACCGGAACACACCGGUACCGAGUACGGCAACGAUUCCGAGCAGGAUCCACUCGACUGGAUUUUGCAGCAACAGCAAACGUCGGCAGUUUCAAACUUGUUAGCUUCCAUUCAAUCACACGAAAGCCUUUUACGGGAUGAUAUUGAACCCCUGCAAACAGCAAUUCGCCAGUUUGAGUUUACUACCGUCGAUAAAGUACCGCCUCGCGAUGGCAAGCCGUCAUCUCCUCACUCAGCCGUAAGCUAUUCUCUAAAAGGCCACUUCCUGGCAAAUGAGUCUAUCCAUGCGGACUUUGUGAUUGACUUUCAACUACAGAAUUCCCGCGCCGAAGACAAGAUGACUCAAACGACAAAAAUUCUGGGCAUUAUCUGCAACUUAUCCAGCAUAAAUGAACCAGAUCGAGACUUGUCGUGGUUGGCUCGAGAAGCCAAGCCUACUGAUUCCGGUAAUUUUGCCAGUUUCGUAACAAAAAUAUGUUCCUACUUGGAAUUUGAUGUCCGUCGUGAAGCUUGUUUAACGAAAUGGGGCCAUGUCACCGUAACAAGGGAUCAUUCGAAAUACCUUAUUGAGAUCCCUCUUGAUCAUGAUAAUACCGGUACGAACUUUCAUUUGUCGACGCUUUCCAUCGUCUGGGGCUGGAAGUGGAAAGACGAGCAUGAUGUAUUGCGUCUAACACAGACGGCUUUUGAGUUGGGGCUCAAACAACAAGAUUUGGACUUCCUUGUACAAGCAUGCGGCACCUGUGAGAAGGCGAUUGGAAUCGUUCUGGCACAGACGAGCGGGGACACGAUGCUUUUCCCCAAUGACGAGCAAGAGUCGAGGACGCCAACUUUGCCAGAUGUCGAACAAGACGCUGAUCAAGAGGAUAAUGACAGUUUGGACGGCGGCGUUCUGCGCGAAAAUGCUUCACUUGCGUCAAGCACGCAAUCCCUUACUAAAUCCCCUAGUGGGCGUCGACGCUCCGACUACGAAGUACAGCGGCUUCUUAAAAUCCAGCGCAACCAGCAGUUGCUGGAAAAAUUGGGUCUCUCACAUUCCUCAAGGUCGAAACCAACCACGGCUGAGAAGAGGCGCCCUGCGGAAGAGCAAGCAAAUCAGGAGCUGGAAACGAAGCGCAGGAAACGAAAGAAAGAAUUGGACGGAAAGCGACGGUUGUCGGGACGAGUUCGCCUGAAGCCUGUCACCUUUGCGGAAGAACAAGUAUUCCAUCGGAAAGGGUCUUGGAAAGAUUCGUUCUCGAAAAGGACAAAUCAGAUUCAAAACGGUGAACACAGGAGUUUAUCUGGACGCAUUGCUCAACCGCGCGGACGACCACCCACCGGGUGCGCAUGGGAUACCAGAAUUGGAAUGUGGGUAAAAUUCAACGACACCAGCGAUAGGAAGCAAGAUGCAGCUGAGCUUAUGAGGCCGUCCUCAAGUGUGGCAGCCCAGAGCUCGUCAACGCUAGAAGCAAAUUAUUCCUUGGUUGAUGGUGCUUUUUCUUCCACUCGAGAUGGGACUGCUCCUCAGAUGAACGAGUACAGCAGCCCGUCGAAUGGUACAUUUCCUCGUCCGCGUGGAAGGCCACUUAGUGGGCAUUCCUGGGACGAAAGACAUGGUAUUUGGGUGCCGGGAACCAGCCCUGGAAAAGUCAGUCAAAACGAUUAUGGUCGCAUAGCACCAUCGAUACGCGGUCCGACAGAAAGAUUGCCAGAGACACCCAACCAUCCAAGCUUUGAAAAGUCGCCGUCCAAUCUUCGAAAUCUUGACCAUUCGAAAAGUGGCGUAAAAUUCAGCACUCCGUUCGCCAAGACAAUUCCUCGACCCCGCGGAAGGCCACGUAGUGGGCAUUCAUGGGACGAAGUGCAUGGUGUUUGGGUGCCCCUGGGAAAACGGAGUCAAAGCAAGUUUGCGUAUGUCAUACAACCGUUACACGACAGAACAGAAAAACUGCCCGAGACGCCCAAUCAUCCAGGCUUUAAAAAGUCGGUGUCCAAGUCCAGCAAUCGUGAUCUUCCGAAAAGUGACGAGGAGAUAAAAAGUCGUUCCGCCACGACGUUUCCUCGGCCCCGUGGACGACCACCAAUAGGAUGCUACUGGGACGAGACACGGGGUUGUUGGGCUACGCAACUGAGUACUCGAGAAGUCGACCAGCCGACAGGGGCAUUGGCACCCAAACUUUCCCGUAAUUCCAUAUUCGACACGGGCGCAUUGCAUGUUAGCGCUCGAUCAGCUCAUAUCAAUGUUACAGAUCAUCCAAGAAAACCGACAGAUAAUUUUUCCGGUCGCUUUCCGCGACCGCGGGGAAGACCACGGGCGGGAUGUAUCUGGGACGAGGUCCGUGGGCUCUGGAUCCCUGAGAUGAAAGCCCCAGAGACAAAGCCAGUAUUGACGGAGCGUCCCACCAUUCCACUUCCGAUCCCACGAACGAGUUCCAAAAGUCCGUCAGUCACGCGGCUGCCAUUCUCGUUACGUCCCGACACUAUCCAGCCAAAAUCGUCUCCGGUAGCAAACAGCGACGGUACGUACGGCCGACCCCGGGGAAAAGCUCCACUGUACUAUGGAUGGGAUACCCACCGCGGAGUGUGGGUAUCACAGUCAAACCCGUCCGUCAGCUCGUCACGGAUAGCAGACCGUUCUCCCGUUUACGAAUCACCACCCGGCCAGAAAUAUAGCAAUGCGAUAGCGAUGCCAUCUCCAGCAGUCGUGAAGGUCGGUUCCGAGAUCGAUCGAACGCGAGCAGCAGAAGGUUUCGUCAUUCGGGAGCAAGGGAAUCCUAUGGGCACGGGAAAUAACGUGGCUGUUGAUAGGAAGCAGUCGGAAAUCGACAAAGAAACUGCACUUUACGAAUUGUAUCAAGAAAAGCUACGGCAUCUGGAAAAACCGCGGAAAUCAAAUGGGUAG